AUGAGUUUAUUGAUUCCGAAUGAAAGAGAUCAUUGGGACGCACAUGGAGACCUAGACCAAGAUGUUAUUUUCUUUGAAAACAGGGACUCAAGAAACUCAAAAGUUAGCGAGUACUGGGAGUUUGAACCGGUGCACGGGUUUUUCAAACAGUCCGAUGAGUCCACCAACGAUAUGGAGUUCAACUAUGGGCUAGAUGACUUUGGCAUCGAACCAGCAAAUUGGGAGAGCUUGGUAAGCAAGCUCAACCAGUUAAAUGCUCUAGCCAGUCAAGAUGAGCAAUAUAAGCUCUUAUUUUUAGCUAGACAUGGACAAGGUUGGCAUAAUGCUGCACAUGCGAAGUAUACAGUUGAAGAGUGGCAUGAAAAGUGGAGAUUUUUAGGUACCGAUGGGGUAAUCGAAUGGGGCCCCGAUGCAAACCUCACACUGCUUGGAAUAGACCAGGCCAAGGAGAAUAAUCAACUUUGGAAAGAGCAGUUGCAAAAGGGUGCUCCUAUUCCUACUAAAUUCUACGUUUCUCCAUUGCGAAGAUCGAGUUAUACUUUGAAACAUACAUGGGAAGGCAUUGAAAUACCAAGACCACACGUAGCAGAAAACGUAAGGGAAACUAUUGGACUCCAUCCUUGUCACCAGCGGAGCACAAAGACGGUGAUAUCGCAAAGAUUUCCAGAGUUUAAGUUUGGCCCAGAGUUCACCGAACACGAUCAUCUCUGGGAUCAAUAUACUCCAGGGAGAGAAAAGCUACAUGAACAAUUUCUCCGGGUGAAUUUAUUCUUAGAGACUGUAUUUGAAAAUGACAGAGAUCAUUCGAUUAUCUCGAUAACUUCUCAUGCUGGUACCAUCAGAGCCUUCAUUUCAUCUAUUGGGCAUAGAAAGUUUACAAUUCCAACUGGUGGCAUGAUUCCGGUUGUAGUGAAAGGAAGAAAGAUUGUGAGGAAAGAAUAA